UGGUACUUGGUUUGGUACUUUUUCAAUAUUACAAAUUUCUUUGUCAGAGGUGCGUCUGGCUAUUUUUAGUUUUCUUUUGUGGUUUUCCUUUGUAUUUUGGAUAUUCUGCAUAUUUAUCGAAUAAGAUGGCCAACGCAGUAGCUGACAUGCCAGUUUGUGAAUCCACCGAGGUGAGAUGCCAAGAGAAAACUCGCGGUGGGGUGCGUUACGAGGUGAUCCUUGGCGAGCCAUCAGAGGUCAAGGCCGUACCACCAAAGAAGCCUCAGCUGUCACCUAGGAACUCCGUGUCCGUUCAAGAUAUUGAGGAUAAAUUGAAGGCUGCAGAAGAACGGAGACAACAAUUGGAAUCGAGUAAAAUUGCUGCUAUAUCGGCGAAAAUGCAAAAAAUCGAAGAUGCUAGCCGUAAGAGAGACGAACAAACUAGUCAGUUUAUUACAGCCACCCGCGAUGCUUUGGAACAGAAAAUAAGCACUGUUACUGAGAAACGUGAAGCUUAUAUUACUGAUUUGAAGACUAAACUCAAGGACCACAUCGAAAACGUGGAAAAAACCCGUUUGUCCAUCGAACUGCAAACUGGCGAAGUCAGGACUGCCAUUGAAGACAAAUUAAAGACCGCCUCCAUGCAACGGGAUGAAAACAUUAAGAAAAUGUUGGAUCGUUUGAAGGAGCACGAAGAAAAAGCGCUGAAAGUCAAAUCUCAAAAUAACGCCAAACUCCAAGAACUGGACGUUCAGAUUCAAGACAAACUAGUCCAGGCUCAGAACCGUAAGGAGCAAAUCGAACAAGAGCAGAGGGAAAAGUUGAGGAGGAACAAUUCAAGACCAUUCGAGAAACAGAAAUCUGUAGAAUCGACCAUUGAAAGUCGCAAAUCAGAAGUUAUCAAUCUGAUUGAAAAUAAGCUGUGCCUCGCCGAACAGAUCAGAGAGAAAGAGAUUCAAAAGAAAUUGGAGUUGGCCAAAAAACAUAAUGAGCACUUGAACGAAGUGAAGCAAUCGUUGGAGAACAAGAAAACUGAAAAAGUUCAGAAGCUGGAGAGCAAACUGACUGCUGCUGAACAGAAACGAGAAGAAGAGAUCAAGAAGAAGCUGGAAAACAUCAAAAAACAUGAAAAGCAUGCUGAAUUGGUCCGUCAAAACAAGGCUGCGGUACAGGCGGCCAAAAUCGACCCGCCUUCUUCUGGUUAGGCGGUUAUGUGCUAUGUAGUUACCCCGUCUGCUACGUAUAAUACUUAACACUUUUUGCUUUUGCGGAUUGUCCCUCAUUUUUUCUAGGGAUGUUCGCCCCCUAUAUCAUCCCAGGGGAGCUGAGGAGCGACUUUCUCCCUUCUUCUCUGUUGUUUUAUAAGUAUUUGCUUUUAGACUGAAGAGUUUUGUGAUUUAAGUUUUUUUAUUAUUAUAUUUACGGAUAUUUGCCAUGGAUUAUUAUAUAAUUUUUUUUUUAUUUUCUUAUUAUUAUUAUCAAUAUUAUUAAGAGUUUUGUGAUUUAAGUUUUCUAUUAUUAUCGACUAUUAUAUUUACACGUAUUUGCCAUGGUUUAUUUUAUGUUCUUAUAAUUAUUAUCAACUAUAUUAUUAUUAUGGAUUUCGUUUUACUUACUUACUAAACACAUUAUAAUUAUGUAUUCUUAUUUUUGUUUUGUUUUUAUUUAUUUUUUUUUUUUUGGUUAUUUUACAGAGUAACAGUGAUGUUCAAAAGGUAAGUUUUUACAUAUAAUUUCGUUUCAACUUAGAUGUAAGACGUAAUAAUUAAUUAAGUAAAUAAUGAACUAAAAAAAAUAUAAAAAAUGUUAAAAAAUGACCAGACAUUGAAAAAGUGUGAAUUAAGAAUGAACGCUUUUGUAAAAAACAGAAUUUCUUUUCUUCUAAUAGUGGGUACGUAAAAUAAAAGAAAAUUUAAUUAAUUUUGCACCAUUUCUGUCGCGCCAAUCAGUAUAUUGAUUGAAUUUAAAGCAGCUUCAAUAAGUUAAACUUGAUGUAUGAAUGUUAUUUUUAUUUUUCGAAAUGUGGGCUCAAUAUACAUAAGAAAAUGGUAUAGGGGAAUCAAAAUUUGAUUGUGUAUAGGAACUUUUUGGGUUUGAUGCAAUAGCAAAAAUCACUUUCCCAACAAACUAUUUUGUUUGGUGUCUUGAUUUUUGCUUUUGGAUAGGAUCUAUUGCUUAAAAAAAAUUGUGUAAUAAAAUUGUAUUAUAUUAAAACAAUUAAAAACGUAGAUAGGAAUCUUUUGCUAAUAGCUUCUGUGAUGAUCGACGAGUUGUCUUGUUUCAAAAAAUAUUAUAAAAAGUGAAAAAUAUAAGCGAAAAUGCAUAAGUGAUUAUAGCUAAAUGUAAAUUGUGGUAUUAUUAUUCGGAAGUAAAACUAAAACAGUUGGAUUAUUGAAUUUUAAUUUGUUCAUAAUCUUGCUGUUUGUUGCUUUUGAGCUUAUUUGCUUUUUGUCAGAGUAAAUUGAAUUGUUUUUAUUGAAUUAUUUGCAAAUACUCAUAAAGAUUGGAAAACAA